CAUCGCAUAGUAGGAAGAUGGUUUGUGUAUUGUUUGGAGGGAUCCGUAUUGUACUUUUGUAAAAGUUGUAGUUCGUCAAAAAUGACACGAAGUGUAUUAUAUUUUCUUAUAUUUCUUUUCCUUGCUUUAAGUUCAGUUCAUGGUGGAAGCAAAGCUGAUAGCAGUAAUAAAAAAGAUGAGUACUACAGAGGGGUAAGAUCAUAUGGAGAUCAACAGAAAAGAUCUAAUUUCCAAACAAACGAGAAAAGUGUAUCAGCACCAUCUGGGAAGAGUUCUGGAGGUGGCUUGGGUGCAUGGGGCUACAUGGUCAUUAUUCUUACAAUAACUGGUAUAGGAACUGGAAUUUACUAUUUCAGUCUAUUCUAUCCUAUCCUGUGUAAGAGAACGAGGACAUAUGAUGUAAUGGAGAUUUCUUCUGUAUGAAGGAAAGUCAGCAUGCAUUGUAUUUAUGGAAACCACUGUGUUCUGUCAUGAUCAAGAAAUUGAAGUACAUCUAUUUUCAGAUGUUUGAUUGUCAUGCAUUAUUCAGAGUUGUGUAACUAUGGAACUGCAUUACUUUAUUAAUUUUCUACAAGUAACUUUUGUACAGAAAGAACAGGGCAUAUAGUAGCUUUGAUGUUUCCAAUAUUUGUAAACAUGGCUGUAAAUUGUCCACAUUAAUUUAUCUACCAGUGUAUUUCUAUGAGAGUUUACAAGGCAUUUCUCCACAAAACUUAGUUUACAUAAACUUAAUUUAUGAACUGCCUAUAGUACUAUCUUAACAUGACCAUGUGAACUUGUUCCAAAAAGUAGGCAUUUUUGAUUGCUAUAGUUUGGGUAGUAACUUAAGAAACUUCUGCAGAAGUUAUAUUUGUCAAUUAUUAGUAAUUAAUAAUAUGGCUUCAAGACUAACAGCAGUUUGGCAUUGUGGCCCUUGGAAAGGGAAAGGUUCUAUAUUUGUGAUAUAAAUAUAGACCCAUAUUUGUGUGGGUCACUACCCUUUCUCCAAACGCACAGCAUGAGGUAAUAGUUUUUGGUUAAAUAGACUUUGAAUGGAAAGGCUUGUGAUGAAUGAUGAAAGUCCUGGGUUCAAACCUGUCUAACAUGUAAGCUACUUUAAUAAAGUCUUCUCAGGCCGUGUUAGUUGGUGAUUGAUUGAUCACCAAAUAACACGGCUGAUAGCCCGAGAAGACUUUAUUAAUGAAAGCUGCAGUGAAAGCUUCAACAUCAUAUGUAAGCUACUGUUCACGACUGUAAUGUUGAGACUUGCAAGGAAUGCAGGAUGUCCGAAGUGUUAAAGGCAGACGCUAUUUUUCCUCCUUCACCCCACUUCCUCACCCCACAAGUCUCAAGAUUAGAAUUGCGAACAGUAAUGCAGGGAAGAUCUUGCGUGAAGAAAAAUUGAACACACUAGUAUUAAAGUCUUUAGCAGAAAAGUGAGUUGCAAACAAAGGUUCAUAGGUUACUUCCUAGCUGCAGAGAGCAUUCAUGUUGUCCAAGGUUCCGGAAACACCUAUAAGUCUGCGUCUAAACUAAGCUGGCCGUAUAUAUUAGCAUAUUAAUAACUCAUAAUUAGCAGUAAUCUCUACAGAUAUGAUAAUUUGUGAUUAUUACAUGAUUAUCACAGACAUUUUCUACUUGGUGUCUUACACAUUAUUAUCGUUCAUGAUUUAUUUAAUGAUACUGUGUCAAGUAGAAAAGUUGUAUAGUGUCAAACAAUAAAAGACUAAUUAAGAAUAA